GAGAAGGUUAGGGGAAGGAAGCCCCAAGGACCGGCCGAACUGUGACCACAGUGGCGGGCGGAAUGACUUUUUAGAAAACCUAGUGGACCAAAGGGGGCCGUGUCCUCGGGAGCGCACCCGAGACGGGGAGCAAGGACAUUUAGGUCCUUACUACCACUGGUCAAGACAGCUUCAUGGGAAGGCUCUUGGGGAGCUGAGGAGAUGGAGCGGGCGAAUACUUUACGUCAAGAGGGAGAAUCCAAAGGAGGUGUCUUAGCUCACUUGGAAAGACUAGAGGCUGAAGUGAACAGAUCCUGUAAAGGUAAACGGUCUGAAGAGCUGCAGAGUGCGCAGGCAGUGGAAAGUGCUCUUGAAACCAAGAUCCGUAAACUGAGGCUUCUACGAGAUGAGCUGAGGGCUGAACUGAAGCAACCACAAGCCAGAGUUAAAGCAUCUAUUGCCAACGUAGAACCUGACCAAAAAGUGGAGAUCAGUGAGGAAGAUUUGGAAAGAAAGCAGGAAAAUAUGAAAGCCAUUUUGCAGGCAUAUCGUUUUACAGGACUCAGUGGUAAACUGACCAGCCGAGGAGUCUGCAUCUGUAUCAGUACUGCUUUUGAGGGGAACCUAUUGGAUUCCUAUUUUGUGGACCUUGUCAUACAGAAGCCUCUCCAGAUACAUCACCAUUCGGUUCCAGUCUUCAUUCCUCUAGAAGAAAUAGCUGCAAAAUACUUACAGACUGACAUUCAGCGCUUCCUGUUCAGUCUCUGGGAGUAUUUAAAUGCUUACUCUGGGCGGAAGUACCAAGCAGAUCAACUUCAGAGUGACUUUGCAGUUUUUCUGAAUGGGCCGCUGCAGAGAAACUCCCUGUGCAACUUGCUGUCAUUUACUUACAAAGUGGAUCCAAGGGAUCAGUCUUUCCAAUUUUAUGCAAGAUUGCUGUAUAAGGACCUCACAAUGAGUCUUCCCACUGAUGUCACUGUUACAUAUCAAGGAAUGGAAGCAUUAUCCACUUCCUGGGAAGAACAGCGUGCAUCCCAUGAAAUUCUGUUCUGUACAAAACCCCUACAUCAAGUGUUUGCUUCAUUUGCACAAAAAGGAGAAAAGCUGGAUGUGAGCCUGGUCUCCUAGAAUAUUUUUUUCACUGGAACAUGUCAGAAGUGAGUGAACUGGUAUAAUAGAUAGUCCCAGGCAAGGUCCUGGAAACUGAAGACUUUGACCGCCUCAGACUUCUUGCCUGGGGAUCACCCUUGUAAUGAGAACAGAUACCUACUUCAUCAGGAUAAGGAACAAAUUUGAGUAUAGACAUUGGCAUUUUGGGACAAUUCCAAGAUUGCCUGGUCACUUGUUAUAGUGCCUAAAAUUAUCUAUUCUUUUGAGGUAUUGAUUUGAUCAUAUGUCUUGGUUGAAAAUUAGAAUGGUUUGUGGUUGUUAGAAGACAUUUUAGGAAGGAGGGAAAUGUAUCAUUCACUCAGAGUAUUUCUAGCUUUUAUGGAAGUUUUAAGUAAUUCUGCCUCAUUUUCAUGAGACAUUUGAAAAGUUCUUAGAAUAUUCCAGGUUCAUGAUAAUGAAGUAGAACUUACAGUUAAGAAGGGAAGAAUGUUUAAUCUUUGGUUUGGAGCAAUGUAUUCUAGGCCACUGCUUUAUAAGUAGUAUGGUAUGAGAAAGCAAUAUGGAUAAAGUAAUUCAGUGUCUGUGAUACUGUUUCCUAAAACAUUUUAGUAAAGCACUGAAUGUAUUAAGCGCCCUACAACAAGCAUGGUUGGAAAUCCACCCAUUAACUUGGUUGUUGCAAAGGGAAACAGGCCUUCCCCUGUCCAUAUCUUUCAUUCCCCUAGUCGGUUUAGUGAACCGUUUUCUCCCAGUAACCACUGGCCUCUGAUCUGCUGGCACUUCUUGUUCCUUGGCUUAUGGGUCAGUUCACAGAUGUAAAAACCUGUGUGUUUGGCCAACUUCUCCCAUUUCAAUUCCUGUCCCUCCUUUGCCUGGUCACAGGUGUGAUUGCUACCACUGCCCAAGGUCCAGAGCGGCAUUCAGGCUUCCUUUUGAAAUGGUCACUUCCUAGACCUUAUGGUGGGGAAGUAACCUCCAUGUGUGCAAGGGACAGUAAAGCUGGCUUGUGCCACCC